UCAAACACUGGCUCUGCUAUGGUUUUCAAGACCGGGAUUAUUUUUCUCACGCGUUUCUAUUUCUCUUUCUCCGACUCUCUUGACUUUCAUUCUUCCACCGUCUUCUUCCCUCUUUUAGACUUGCCAAAGCCCAAGCUCCUUCGCUCAGCAAGUAGAAACGUGUGGUGGUAGUCUUGUAGAGAGAGAAAGUCUCUGUUUUUACAUAUUUUAGAGAGAGAGAGAGAGAGAGAGAGGGAGGGAGGGAGGAGGGGAAGUGGUGUGCUUGGUUUCAAUGAAGGGGGAAGGUAAAAUGGUGUUUAAGUCUAAGAUGAAAUGGGUUGGUUUAGUUGGCUUAGUUUUGUCUGCUUUCUCUCUUUUUGUACACUUUCUCCUGGCUAGAUUCACUGAGGAAGGCAUUGCAGAGUACCAGUCUUCCAUCACAAUCUUCUCUUGGAGACCCGUAUUUGAGAACGCUGAAUUAUCCAAAACAAGUCCAUUGUACAGAAGACUAUGGGGUCCAGUGAGACGUUUUGAAUCUCUGCAUCCGGAUGCAAAUCCAAGAGGACAUUAUGCAGAUCCCAUACCCCUAUCAAAUGGAUACAUUUUUGUCAGGAUACAAGGUGGUUUCCGUGAAAUUAGGAACUCGAUAUGUGAUGUGGUUGUAGUUGCUCGACUUCUUAAUGCCACUUUAGUUAUUCCUGAGCUCCAAUCAACCACAAGCAGUAAAGGAAUCAGCUCUGAGUUCAAGAGUUUUGCGUACCUUUACAACGAGGACCAGUUCACUGCAGCUUUGGCAAAAGAUAUAAAAGUUGUUAAAACCCUUCCAAAAGAUCUUAAAGGGGCAAGGAGAAAAAAGGAGAUCCCAUCAUUCAGGGUGUCUCAUUCAGCUUCACCAUAUUUUUAUUUGCAUCAUGUUCUUCCUGUACUUAAUAAGCAUUCAGUGGUUGAACUGGUGGUUUCUGAUGGGGGAUGCUUGCAGGCCAUGCUCCCACCUCAUCUUGAAGAAUAUCAAAGGCUGAGAUGUAGAGUUGCUUAUCAUGCCUUGCGCUUCCGCGAAGAGGUCCAGGAACUCACAACUAAAAUAUUGAAUAGGUUGCGAGCUCCUGGCCGGCCAUUUAUAGCCUUUGAUCCUGGGAUGACAAGAGAUGCUUUGGCAUAUUAUGGCUGUGCUGAACUCUUCCAGGAUGUUCACACUGAACUCAUUCAGCACAAACGAGCCUGGAUGAUAAAACGUAGGAUCGUCAAGGGAAAGCUAUCCGUAAAUUCUGUUGAGCAACGCCAUAAUGGUUCAUGUCCAUUAAUGCCAGAAGAGGUUGGUAUUCUUCUUCGUGCAUAUGGAUACCCAUGGGACACAAUUAUAUAUGUUUCUGGGGGAGAAGUUUUUGGUGGCCAAAGGACGCUGAUUCCUCUUCAUGCAAUGUUUGAAAAUGUUGUUGAUAGGACUUCUCUCAGCACUGUAUGGGAGCUCAGUAGAAUUUACGGUCGCGAGGUUAAUCUUGUUGAUAAAUACCGAAAACCCCCGCCUUCUGCUGUUGAAGAAAAGAAGCUUGAAUCAUGGAAAACUGCAGGUCCACGUCCUCGUCCACUUCCACCUCCUCCAGCUCGGCCCAAAUAUCCAUAUAACAUUGAAGGUUGGUGGGGCUGGGUUGCUGAGAGUGAUAAUGAGCCUGAAAGUACAGUUAUUGAGUUGAGGACCAAUGCCCAUAAAUUGUUAUGGGAUGCAAUUGACUAUGUAAUUUGUGUUGAAGCUGAUGUGUUUAUUCCUGGAUUUGAUCAUGAUGGGAAAGGACACCCAAAUUUUGCCAGCUUGGUUAUGGGGCAUCGGCUCUACCAAUCAGCUUCAUCUAAAACAUUUCGACCAGACAGGAAGGAAAUUGCCAAACUUUUAGAAGAAACCCGUGAACACCUAUAUCAAGCGAACCACACCUGGCUGACAUCGAUACGCAGGCAUCUCAGGAGAAGUUUAGUUGAUGGAGCUAUAGAAGCAUCCGCAAAGUUGAAACCAUUUUCUUUUCUUUUCCAUCCGGUUCCUGAAUGUUCUUGCUCAAGAUCUAACAUUACUGAAACAUCUGCACAUACUUCAAGACCUUCAUCUGAUACACAAGUUGACGCUGUUCUUGGAGUUACUCAUCACUGCCCUAGAUGGAUGGAUGGUGAAACAAUCUCUAGAUUAAAGGACAAAGAAACUGAAGAAGUUCUUGAUGAAGAUGUUUCCUCGUUUGGAUUGUUUUUCAAGAAUGGUGUUGGAAGUCAUGAAAGUGGAGGUGGAGAAAUAAACAAAGAGGAAAAUCAAUUGGAGGACCAAGAAGAACUUGAGGGUGUAGAAUAACAAGAGCCAAGCCCCAUAUGAACUCCAGUAGUGGUCUUUUUGUGUGUAAAUGACCUGUUGGUUCCCUUGAAUGCCUCUUCUUCAUGAAGAAAGAGUUUUACAAGCCAAGUCUGAGGAAGGUUGUGAAAAAAAAAACUUGGCUUCUGCACUGAUGCAAGUUUUGGAUAGAGUCUCUGGUUGAAGAACUUAACGAAGCAAGCCAUUUAUAUUUAACUCAUCUGAAACUAUAUGCUCGGUAAUGAUCCUCCCAAACCAUUUGCAUUAGAUGUGCAAUUCCGAUACAGUUCUUUUUGGGGAAAAUGGUUUUUAUAUAUGCAAUCCCCGACCAAUUUUGAUUUAGACUAGCAUGCUCCUAAUGGUUACAAUUUGUAGAGAACUCGCAUAUUUUACCUUAGGCUGGUAAUUAUGAUUGAUGUAACGUAGCCUAUCGGAAACAUAGCUGUUUGAUCCAUUGAAGAUUAUAUUAAUCGUUCUUUCUUGAUUUUA